GUUGGCAGUUCGUUGAAAAGAUGUGACGUUCAGGCCUUUUCUCCUUCACCACGUUUUCGCGGAAGCAAGCGUAGAGAAUCCCGGGCUGAAUUUAGCUUGUUAAAAUGAAGAUCGGACUGUGUGCAUUCAGUGGGUUCAAAAUCUACCCAGGUAGUGGCAAGACUCUGGUGAAGGCUGACGGUAAGACACAUGUCUUCCUCAACAAAAAAUGUGAGCGCUCAUUUCUCAUGAAGCGUAAUCCGCGCAAGGUGAAGUGGACGGUGCUGUACCGCCGCAAGCACAAGAAGGGCAUCGUGGAGGAAGCGUCGAAGAAGCGUACGCGCCGCACGCAGAAAUUCCAACGUGCUAUUGUCGGUGCUUCUAUCACGGACAUCAUGGCUAAGCGAAACAUGAAGCCAGAAGUCCGUAAGGCACAGCGUGAACAGGCCAUCAAGGUCGCCAAGGACGCCAAGAAGGCGAAACAGGUGGAGAAGAAGGUUAAGACGCAGCCGAACCCGAAGCAACAGAAAACCAAGGCUACCAAGGUAUCGCAAAAGGCUGCGCCGCGCGUCGGGGGCAAGCGAUAGAGUUUUGCCUCUUGAUGUGCUUUAUGUCUGAUCGAAUGUUGAUGAGCAAUCACUGCUUUUGCCGCAUGUUCAACAAACGUCUCGGAAAUAUGAAAUAAGAAUUCAGCCACAUGCUGUAGUAUGUGGUUGUAAAGAAACA